GUCUGCCAUGCACACACACGCGACAUACAUACACAUAAACACACACACACACACAUGUGCAAGCGUCGUCUCCCUUUUCGAUUGCUCAUUCUUUGAAUCCCUCGCCACGGGCCAACUCGGAGCUGAGAAAUAUUAUUGUUAUCAGGAGCAGCACCAACAAGAACAAUAGAAACAACAAUCAUCGCCAUGUUCUCCAACUUCUUUGAAACUGCCAAGAACUCGCCGUUCCGCACACCCUUCAGCCUCCCACGCGUGCAAUGCGACGAUGGUGCACCCGCAAAACCAUUGAUACCUGCAGCGGCGGAGCCAUCGCCGGUGCUUGGACGUGAAAUUGCUGCCGCCGCCACGCCCACGCCAGUCUCCCACAAGGACUCUUGCGAAUUUGGCAGCAGCAAAUACUUUGCUCUCUGCGGCAUUGGUGGCAUUCUCAGCUGCGGCACAACACACACCUUUGUGGUGCCCCUCGAUUUGGUCAAGUGCCGCCUGCAGGUGGAUCCAGCCAAGUACAAGAAUUUAAUUCAUGGCUUCAAGGUCACCAUUGCGGAGGAGGGCGCUCGUGGCCUGGCCAAGGGCUGGUUCCCCACCCUCUUGGGUUACUCUGCACAGGGUCUGUGUAAAUUCGGUCUGUAUGAAGUGUUCAAAGUAAAGUAUGCCGAACUUUUGGGUGAGGAGAACUCCUAUCUGUACCGCACCACCCUUUACUUGCUGGCAUCGGCUUCGGCUGAAUUCUUUGCCGAUAUCGCCCUGGCGCCAUUCGAGGCUGCCAAGGUCAAGAUCCAGACGGUGCCCGGCUUUGCCGACAACUUCCGUCAGGCUGUGCCCAAGAUGCUUAAGGAGGAGGGUGUGAAUGCCUUCUACAAGGGUCUGGUGCCAUUGUGGAUGCGUCAAAUCCCAUACACCAUGAUGAAGUUCGCUUGCUUCGAGCGCACCGUGGAGCUGCUCUACAAAUACGUCGUGCCCAAGCCACGUGCUGAUUGCUCCAAGGGUGAACAGCUGAUUGUUACCUUCGCAGCCGGUUACAUUGCUGGCGUCUUCUGCGCCAUUGUCUCACAUCCAGCUGAUGUGGUUGUAUCGAAGCUGAAUCAGACAAAGGGUGCCAGCGCUUUGGGUGUUGCCAAGUCCCUUGGCUUCAGAGGCAUGUGGAAUGGCUUGACGCCACGUAUCAUUAUGAUUGGUACACUGACCGCGCUGCAAUGGUUCAUCUAUGACGGUGUCAAGGUCGCUCUGGGCAUUCCCCGCCCACCACCACCAGAGAUGCCCGCCUCGCUGAAGGCCAAGCUGGCCAAACAGGAAGGCGGCAAGUAAACUGCCCGUCAUCCGUACUCAAUUUUAACUGCAGCGAAAUUUUUGCAAAACAUCAAUGUUAAAUUAUAAUUUAAGUCAACAAUUAGCAAAGCAAGUUACGGCAGGGCACUACCAACCAGGAUAUCAGUCACGGCAACAUCAGCGCUGGCUGGCGAAACUGACAUACACUGUACUUUCGGGUCUAUUUCUUAUAUGUUAUGCGCAUUUUCUGGCACAUGACCAUUCCAAUAUUCUUCUAUAAUUACUUCAUGCAUUUCACAUAACUGCAAUUCUUUUCACACAUUCUACAAACUUUUGUAAUUAAGCUACACUCAAGUUUUUAGUAUUGAUAUAAUAUGCAUAUAUAUAUUGUUAUCUAUGUAUGUAUCAAAUUAUGUCUACAUAUAUAUAUAUAUAUAGCUUCUAUUCUUACUUCCAAAAGCUAGAAAGUAUGUUUGUAUGUUGUUUCACUAUUGAAAUGAUUGUUCUUUGUUAGAGGCCAAUUAGAUGAAUGAAUAGCACGCGAUAUUAUGCAAAACUAAAAUACAUACUAUUUAAAUGUCUCUUAUAGCAAGUCGAGCUAAAAUGUAUGACCCAAGGAUCACCCAAAAAGUCCCACUAAAUAAAUUAACUUAUAAAACAAA